AUGUUCCGCCGCGGCACCAGCAGUGGCCGAGUCGCCGUAUCAGACGUGGAGGGCCCCGUGCUGCGCCAGCUGGCGGCCUACAUGUACACCCUCGAGGCGCCCGAGCUGCCCAGUAUGGCCCUGCAGAUGCUGGCAGCUGCUGACAGAUACGGCUUGGCAGACCUCAAGGCCGUAUGCGAGCAGCAAGUGGCCGGACAGCUGACGGUGGAGAAUGCGGCGGCCGCAGCUGUGCUGGCCGAGAGGUGCCGCUGCCCCGGGCUCAGGCAGGCCGCCGUCGCAUUCGUGAAGGCCCACGCCAGCCAGGUGGUGGCGACUCGGGGAUGGGCAGACUGUGCCGUCAGCCACCCGCUCUCUGUCGUGGAGUUGACUCGACUGAUUGUGGAGCCUCCUGCAGACACCAGGUAUGCACAGGCAGGUGUUUGCCUCUUCUCCCAAACAUUCUGA